UCUCUCUCAACUUUUCCCCUUUCAUUUUUCGCGGAGAAAAACAGAGGAGAGAGAGAGAGAGAGCCAUUGGCUUCACUCACUUUCUCGCUCCUCAUAGUUUAUCUCUCUACAACCUGCUUCGUAACUGACCCAACACCAUGAACUCGAGAGAUCUGGCUUUGAUCUCAACGGCCUCUCUCUUCGGCGCUGUAGUAUCUGCAAUCGCAACCCGUUUUUUCUUCAACCCUAACAAAAAGCAAUUCUCUCGAAUGGAUUCGUCACUCCACGACGACGUACCUGAGAAGAUCACUUCAUCGCAUACUCAUAGCCCCUUCGAUCCCUCCAAACGCAAAGGGUAUUUGUCAUGGGAUGACUAUUUCAUGGCAAUUGCAUUUCUGUCAGCUGAAAGGUCCAAGGAUCCCAACAGGCAGGUUGGUGCAUGCUUGGUCAGUGAAAAUGGUGUAAUACUUGGCAUUGGCUACAAUGGAUUUCCACGUGGUUGUUCAGAUGACAAACUUCCAUGGUCAAAGAAAUCCAAGACCGGGGAUCCACUGGAGACAAAGUAUCCUUAUGUUUGUCAUGCUGAAGUCAAUGCUAUCCUUAACACAAAUCAUGCAUCUGCUGCAGGGCAGAGGCUUUAUGUUACAAUGUUUCCAUGCAAUGAAUGUGCCAAGAUAAUCAUUCAGUCAGGUGUUUCUGAAAUUAUCUAUUUUGUGGAGAAGAGGUUGAACAAUUCAGACCAUACGUAUAUUGCUUCUCACAAACUUUUGUCAAUGGCGGGUGUAAAAGUUAGGAAACAUCAACCUCAGAUGAACCGGAUAUUGAUCAAGUUUGAAGAUCCCUAGUUCCUUCCCCGAAAAUCUGUUCUCAAGGCAGUAGAUGUGAAGACAUCGUUAGACCUAUUUAAGUCAUAUUAUAUGGUGGCCGCGGGAGAUAGAAAUUAUAGAAUGGUGGUGUCUGAGUGUCUGAUUAGUUAGCGGCAUGCGGGAAUUGAACUCAAAAGUAUUCUCGCCUUUGGUUGUCAAAAGCAGGAUUCAAAGAUCUUAUUAUGGCUCUCUCCUAUCGGAGUCAAACCAAUUCUGUGUUGUAAGAUGUGUACACUCUGUUUUGGAACUAUGCCUACUAAAGGGGUUUGCAUUUUGCCACAGUUUUAGGUAAAAUGGUAGACAUUGUGACUGCAUGGAUGUGUUGCCAUGACACAAAAAUAGCAGAAUUUCUUAAACUGGAAUUCAAAUUUGUA